AUGAACACAGGGAACAUUGACGAGGACACAUACAGGGACCUCAACAAGGACAUUUGGGGCACAAACGACACCGGCAAGACCACAAGGUCCACAGACAUGGCCACCGACAGGAACAUUGACAUUGACACCAACAGGGACAACAAGGCAACUGACAGGGAACCGACGCAGCAUUCCGCAACAAGACACCAUGGAACCGGAAAGAAGACCAGCGACACUGUCCGGUAUAACGAAAACUUACACCAAAUUACACCGACAGAGACACUAGGGGCAACAAGGACACUAAAGACACUGAUUAAAACACCAUCAGGGACAUCAGGGAGCAACAUAAGAGGACCUGAUAGGGACACAGACAAGGACAACAGUGACACCGACACAGAUACAAGGAGCAAGGACAGGGAUACCACCAAUGGCAUCAGGGACAACGACAGGGACAUCAACAUGGACAACAGGGACAACGACAGGGACAUCAACAAGGACAACAGGGACAACGACAGAGACAUCACCAUGGACACCAGGGACAACGACAUGGACAUCACCAUGGACACCAGGGACAACGACAGGGACAUCAACAAAGACACCAGGAACAAUGACACGGACAUCAACAAGGACACCAGGGACACAGACAGGGACACAAGGAACACCGACAGAUACACAGACAGGGACACAGACAGGGUCACAGACAGAGACACAGACAGGGACAUAAAGGACACCGACAGGGACACAAGGGACACCGACAGAUACACAGACAGGGCCACAUGGACACCGACAGAUACACAGACAAGGAUACAGACAGGGACACAGACAGGGACACAAGGGACACAGACAGAUACACAGACAAGGGACACAGACAGGGACACAGACAGGGACAGAGACAGGGACACAGACAGGGACACAUACAGGGACAUAGAUAGGGACACAGACAGGGACACACACAGGGACACAGACAUGGACACAGACAGGGACACAGACAGGGACACAAUGGACACAGACAUGGACACAUACAGGGACACAGACAGAUACACAGACAGAUACACAGACAGGGACACAGACAAGGACACAAGGGACACCGACAGAUACACAGACAGGGACACAGAGAGGGACACAGACGUGGGACACAAGGACACAGAGAGAUACACAGACAGGGACAUAAGAGACACCGACAUAUACACAGACAGGGACACAGACAGAUACACAGACAGGGACACAGACAGAGACACAAGGGACACCGACAGAUACACAGACAGGGACACAGAGAGGGACACAGACGCGGGACACAAGGACACAGACAGAUACACAGACAGGGACAUAAGGGACACCGAUAGGGACACAAGGGACACCGACAGAUACACAGACAGGGCCACUAACAGGGACACAGACAGGGACACAAGGGACACAGACAGUGAUAUAAGGGACACCGACAGAUACACAGACAGGGACCUAGACAGGGACACAAGGACACAGACAGAUACACAGACAUGGACAUCAGAGACACAGACAUAUACACAGACAGGAACACAGACAGGGACACAAGGAACACCGACAGAUACACAGACAGGGACAUUGACAGGGACAUAA